CAAAACCUCCAGAAUUACCCAAAGUGUACUCAAGAGCCACAGCCUGUAAGCACUCCCUCAAACCCUCGCCCCGAAAGAUGAGUCAAGUUUUGAGCAGGGGGUUCCGGUGGGUUGUUUUUCUUAGCAAGAGUCCUGGACCCCUUUGUGUGCGCGAGCGCUUUCUUGAGUUAGGGAGUCCUUCCUUUGGGUGACGGUGGGCUUGCGAGGAUCCCGGGGCAUUGAGCACACGCCGCACGGACCAGCACCCGGGAGCCGCUUCAAACGAGUGGGGCGUUAACGAAGAGCUGACCUUUGGACAAAGAAAAACCCAGGAGUGGGACGAGUAUCCCACGGUCCUAACCGGAUGACGCAGGCGCGACACAGGACAAGGCCCGCAGCUUCCGGCGCCAGCCCGCUGGGAAACUUUCAGCACCGCCUCCCCGCUCGUGAGCGCCGUUCGCGCCGGAGGCUCUAUGGUACCAACUUCCGCUGAGCGCCACUACUCGCGAGAAUUCCGCGUCGCAGCAAUGGCGGGACCGUGAGUGCCGCUGACGGGACUCAAAGAGAACGGGCUGGAACGGGUUUGGGCCGAGAUCGGGCUACUGGGGUCCCUACGGGCAACUUUUCCCUGGAGGGCGUGGCAGCUGGGGUCGUGAAGCCACUCCGGGGUCCGGACGGCCGCCAGCGACCUAGCUCCCGCCUCUUCCCCAGAUGCCGCGCCACUGCUCGGCCGCCGGCUGCUGCACACGGGAUACGCGCGAGACGCGCAACCGCGGCAUCUCUUUCCACAGACUUCCCAAGAAGGACAAUCCGAGGCGUAGCCUGUGGCUGGCCAACUGUCAGCGGCUGGACCCCAGCGGCCAGGGCCUGUGGGACCCUGCCUCUGAGUACAUCUACUUCUGCUCCAAACAUUUCGAGGAGAACUGCUUUGAGCUGGUGGGAAUCAGCUGCCUUGAAGACCGAGGGCCCACAACUCCAUUUUCUCCACCUCCUCCUGCUGAUGUCACCUGCUUUCCGGUGGAAGAGGCCUCUGCACCUGCCACUUUGCCUGCCUCCCCAUCUGGGAGGCUGGAGCCUGGCCUUAGCAGCCCCUUCUCAGACCUUCUGAGCCCUGUUGGUGCCCAGGCUGAUGAAGCAGGCUGUAGUACGCAACCCUCUCCAGAGCAGCAAACUUCCCCUCUUGAGCCUCGACCUAUCUCUCCCUCAGCCUACAUGCUGCGCCUGCCCCCGCCUGCUGGAGCCUACAUCCAGAAUGAGCACAGCUACCAGGUGGGCAGUGCCCUUCUCUGGAAGCGGAGGGCUGAAGCGGCCCUAGAUGCACUGGACAAGGCCCAGCGCCAGUUGCAGGCUUGCAAGCGGAGGGAGCAGAGGCUGAGACUACGGCUGACCAAGCUGCAGCAGGAGCGUGCACGAGAGAAGCGGGCGCAGGCAGAUGCCCGCCAGACUUUGAAGGAGCAUGUGCAGGACUUUGCUAUGCAACUGAGCAACAGUAUGGCCUGAGGGAAUGGCUAUCAUGAAGGCUUCGGCCUGUUUCUCCCUCAAAAUCUGCUAGUGAGCACCUGAUGUGAACUGAAUCCACCAGACCACUAAAUAGCACAAUAAAGUGGAUUCUAGAUGGUU